GUAGCCGAGUAAUGACAAACCACUACGGGUGACCACAGUUCUCUUCCAGCAGCGCUUGGACGAACUCGCCUGGCUUUCUGUUCUUCUCCAACAGUCAAUAUCCAGUUUUACGCGUUGCAAAAGAAGGCGUCGAAGAUUUCCACUCUGCUUAUUUCACUGUAGUUUCAAACCAUUAUAUUUAGUCAGCUGAAUGUUUACGUAAAUAGCUCGCUUGUCAGCUACUAUCAUCCUCAUCCCGAUAGUCGAUUUCCCAUUAGCUAGCGCUAGCUAGUGCACCCCACUUCACUUGUACUGGUAGUGGCUACUAGUAUUUUUCUUCUUUUCGUCUUGCUACUUUUUUUCCUGAGAAGGUGUUACCUGAACAAGAUAGGCGGCUUUGGCACUAAGAUGUCGAACCGAGUGGUGUGCAGAGAAGCAAGUCACGCCGGCAGCUGGUACACCGCUUCAGGAUCGCAGCUGAAUGCGCAAUUAGAGGGCUGGCUGUCUCAAGUGCAGUCUUCGGUAAAACCUGCCAGAGCAAUCAUCGCACCGCAUGCUGGGUACACUUACUGCGGAUCCUGUGCAGCGUACGCUUACAAACAGGUGGACCCCACUGUCACUCGAAGAGUCUUCAUUCUGGGCCCCUCCCAUCACGUGCCACUGUCCCACUGUGCCCUCUCGCCCGCUGAAAUCUACAGAACGCCGCUGUACGACCUCAAGAUCGACCAGAAGGUUUACGCUGACCUCUGGAAAACCGGGAUGUUCGAGCGCAUGAGCCUGCAGACGGACGAGGACGAGCACAGCAUCGAGAUGCACCUGCCCUACACGGCCAAAGCCAUGGAGAGCCAUAAAGACGAGUUCGCCAUCGUGCCCGUGCUGGUGGGCGCCCUGAGCGAAGCCAAGGAGCAGGAGUACGGGAAGCUCCUCAGUAAAUACCUGGCCGACCCCUCCAACCUCUUCGUCAUCUCAUCGGACUUCUGCCACUGGGGGCACCGAUUCCGCUACACCUACUACGACGAGUCCCAGGGGGAGAUCUACAGAUCCAUCGAGCACCUCGAUAAAAUGGGAAUGGGCAUCAUUGAGCAGCUAGACCCUAUAUCCUUUAGCAAUUACUUGAAGAAGUACCACAACACAAUCUGUGGACGUCACCCCAUCGGAGUACUGUUAAACGCUGUGGCUGAGCUGAAGAAGGUCGGGCUGGACAUGAACUUCUCCUUCCUCAACUACGCCCAGUCGAGCCAGUGCAGGAGCUGGCAGGACAGCUCGGUCAGCUACGCAGCCGGAUCACUGGUGGCCCACUGAGGAGGGACCCGUCGAACCCCCCCGCACCUCGGCCCCCCUCCUCCC